UCACUAGUCUAGAAAAUCGUUUGGCAUUCCUGUCGGCAUCCCUGGAAUGGCUUUGUUUUUAUUUACUAUUCAGAAUUAAACUUUGGACGAGCAUUUAAUUAUGGAAAUGUCAUCUAAUCAGACAUCCAAAAGGCGAGCAAGGGCCGCACCAGAAAAUGCUCAGCUGGAUCAAUCGGCAGAAGAUCGCAUAAUAUCAGUAAUUCGAGCAGAAAAUCAGGAACUGCGGGAAUCUAUUGAGACGCUAAAAAAAAAUGUCGCAUUGCUCUGUGAGACAGUAUCCUCUCAGACGCAAUUGAUCAAGUUAUUAUACAACCAACCCCAGGAGACCGAGACCUCACAAAAUGGCCCUCCUACCGAUUUCCCUAUAAAAACAGAAGACGAUUUGCUUUCAGUAGACAAAAAUAUGAAUCCGGCCACUCGAGUAUUAUAUGUUAAAGAGAUGGUGAACAUCUUUAGACAUGCGCCGCUAUCGAAAUCGUUGAAAAAGGUACUGGCCGUGGACUUAGUAGUAGACUUUAACGUCGACGGAACGCAAAACAAAAAAAGCCUACGCACAUACGAAAACUUCUUCUCAGCUCUACUGGAGGCUGUUAAAUUGGCCGAUAGUACUCAGCCCCCGGAGAAGGCACUCAGAAAAGCCAUGCAGUGUGUUAAAAACAGUGCAUGCAAAAGAAGAACAAGGUUUUUAAAAGAGUUAUCUUAGAGUAUUCGAAAUAAGACAAGAAUAUGGAUAGGUUAUAAUAAGGUAAUAGGCAAAUCACACAAAAUGUGAGCGUUAAAACUUAAAUAAAAUUCCAUUAUAUUUGUA